AUCACAUCCAUCUCAUUUCCAAAUAUCAAUCCGUAUGUAAAGAGAAUAAACAAAACGAUAAAUUCAUAUCUUUGUGCACCAGUAACCAUGAAAAUUUGGAUUAUUCCUAUUCAGAAGAUAUAUAAUACAACAAAUAAAUAAACAUUUUUAUCGCUACACCCACGCUUAGACUGUAUCAAAUCACUUUAUAUCCUGUAAUUGAGAUAACUUUGAACAAUACAGUGUCGUGACAAUAUUGAAUUUAUACGUUGCGUGAAAAUACAGAUAAAAUUUAUUUAUAUUUAUUUAUUCCCUUUUUUAUUUUGUAAGGAAAUAUGUCCCAUAUGAAUAUAACUAGCCUAUGUAUAUCUUUAUUUAUUUUAGUGUUUUUACUAAAUAUCAGGAUAUCUUUGUCUCAAUUUAAUAAAGCGUGGAGUGAAAAAUAUGAAAAUAAUAAAUGUCCCAAAUUAUACCCAAAAAAUUUCGUCAACUAUGCGCCAACCGGCAAUCUUACAGCAGGAAAUUUUACACAGAAGAUUGGUCUCAAAGGCCUUCGUCAAUGUGUGAUGUCCUGUUGCUAUACAGCGACUUGUAAUAUUGUGUUCAUUGUGGACUCGAGGUGCUAUCAUGUUGAAUGCGUCAGUAAUGAGCUAUGCUUGCCUUUGUUAAGAACGGGAAGCCGUAAGUGGGAAUCACAUGUCUCCAUGAUUUUAGUCAAGCCAGUUCUUGCCAACGAGAAUUGGUCAGAUAUACUAGACCAGUCGAAUUAUAGAGAUCUGAAUACUAAUUAUUCACCAGAAGAAGAGACAAUUUACUCGCCUUAUACAAGUCAUCGCAAUGAUCUCUUAUCAGAAGAAGAGGAGUCCAACUUCUUAUCACAUUUCAUUAACAAUUUACCUACAAUGGACGAUGAAGAUGCUAGAUCUUAUGAUAAAUAUAGGACAAAUACAGACAACGAUAUGAUUAUGGACGCAUCUAGUUUCUUAGAGAAGAUAUCUUGUGAAGUUGGUGUGGAUGAAUGUCCAUUUAAUGCUGAAUGCAUACCGUUAGGCUUGAAGAUGCGACACGGUAUUUGCAAAUGUGUACCAGGUACUGAAGAAAAUGCUCAAGGGUCAUGUGUGCAAACAAUGAGGCCUUUCUCCAAAGAACAAACAUUACCAUUGAGUUCAUUGAAGAAGAGUGAUGAGCCAGAUCCUAAGACUGAUUUUAAACCAGAAAAUACAUCACCUAAGAAUAUUCAGACUUUAAUGGUGUCAAUAUUGUCCAAAAAGGUGCAACUACCCGAAAAUGAAGUAACUUUAGCAGCUUAUACAAUACCUGAUGAGAAAGCUACUAUGAGUCAUUAUAAUUAUGUUUGGACUUUAGUUGACCAGCCGAAAGGCGGAUUUACAGGAAAUAUGAACCAAAAUGGCGCUACGGUUUCAUUAACUGAUCUAACUGAAGGUCAGUAUAGAUUCAAAUUGACAGUGAAUGGUACAAACUCUUACGGUGAAGGCUACGCCAACGUGACAGUUUUGCCGCCGCAGCGAAUCAACACGCCCCCUAAAGUGGUGAUCACACCGCAAGUGCAGACAGUAAAGUUGCCCAACACAGUUGCCGUACUUGACGGCAGCGCCAGCAAGGAUGACGAUGCCAUUAUAUCAUGGCACUGGGACCUAAUAUCUGGACCAAUUGGAUAUCAGCCUCCACUGCAAGAUAAACCCACUUUAGAGUUGAAAGAUUUAAAACAGCCCGGAAACUAUACAUUUAAAUUGACUGUGGAGGAUUCUGAUCAUGUGAAAAAUUCAACUACAGCUAACAUUACCGUGUUGAAUCAUACAGAUUACCCGCCUGAGGCUAAUGCAGGCCAAGAUGUUAUAAUAUAUUUGCCAAACAAUAACCUCACGUUGAAUGGCAGUCUUUCGACUGAUGACCAUGAAAUUAAGUCGUGGGAAUGGACAAAAUCAGCGGAAGACGAAAAUAAAGCUGUGGACAUGCAAAACACACAUUCACCAUAUUUGCAAUUGUCAAACUUAUCCGAAGGCGUGUAUACGUUUGUGUUGAAAGUGACGGACUCGUCGGGGCAGUCUUCCACGGCCGAUGUGCACGUGUUCGUGAAGCCCCCGACCAACACUCCGCCCGUGGCCGACGCUGGACCAGACGCCUUCAUAUCACUGCCACAAACCUGGAUCACGCUGAACGGCUCCGCGUCUCACGACGACCACAGAAUAGUGGCGUACACGUGGCGCUGUCUCUCCGGUCCCACUAACUCUAACAUCGUUAACUUUAACGAGUCCGUAGCGAACGCCACCGCACUCACUAAGGGCCAGUACGUGUUCUCCCUCACGGUACUCGACGACAAUGGCAACUCCGCCACUGACAAUGUCACCGUCACUGUCGCUCAGAAUAAAAACAGUCCUCCGAAAGCGGAUGCCGGUGGCGACCAGGUAUUGAAUCUUCCACUAGCGGUUUUAAUAUUGAAUGGGUCCAAGUCUUCCGACGAUUUCCGCAUCGUGUCUUGGAAAUGGACAAGGUCUGGGUCAGGACUCGCUGCGGGCACCGUCGUGCUCAACUCUGACACAAAACCAGUGCUUAUGCUUACAAACAUAGAGCCUGGAAGAUACGUAUUCGAAUUAACAGUGACGGACGAUCAAGGUGAAUCGGACAGGGACACAGUGAGCGUGCAAGUGAAACCCGACCCGCUAGAGAUGAACCUAUUGGAAAUGACACUGAACAUUCCUAUUUCCACCUUCACGCAAGGACAACUGGACUCGCUCGUACAGAAAAUCACGUUAUUACUAAAAGGCGACAUAAAGAUGAAUGUAACAGAAGUGCGCGGUCAGAUUGAUUCUGGUAACACGCAACUGGUUUUCUUCUUAUCUGAAAAUAACAAGCCCAUGGAGGGUAUAAGAGCGUUGUCGCUGGCGCGCGGCGCGGCGCGCACGGAGGGCAGCGCGCGCGUGCGCUCGCGCCGCUGCCUCAGCGCGUGCUCGGGGCGCGGCGCGUGCGACCACGCCACGCGCACCUGCCGUUGCGACGCCUUCUGGAUGCAGAGCCUGCUCACGCAGCUAGACCCCGACGCGAUGCCCGACUGCGACUGGUCGGUGGUGUACGCGAGCCUGGGCGGCGUGGCGGCGCUGUGCUCGCUGGGCGGCGCGGCGUGGGGCUGCGCGCGCGCGGCGCGGCGGCUGUGCGCGCGCCGCAAGCCGCGCCACAAGCCCAAGUACCGCCUGCUGCCGCUCGCCGACCACGAGGAGAAACCCUUCGCCGGUAAAGAUAUUAUAUCAGAAACGGAAACAGAUUCCGAUGUGUUAUUUGAGACUAAAGGUAAAACGACCUCGUUCGGGUCGCGUGUGAUGAACGGCGAGCCUCAAGGUAACGGCUGGAAGAAGAACGGACAUUAUAAAGGGUCGCGUAAGAUAAAAACGUAGUUAUUAAUUAUUAAUUAAUUACGAACAGAUUUUUAAAACAAUAGUUGGAUUAUUGCGGCACUGUAUUAAAAU